AUGCAGCGUGAUCCUCACAAACAUGGUGCAAGGCGUCCACAGGAGCUUGUUGAACCAAAGAGCUACGAGGCCGUUGUAUACACGAAAGAUAUGGGCCCGCUUCCCGCUUGGUCGUACUCGUUGUACUGUCGUCGGUGUCACACCCGAUAUUACCACGACUACUACGUUCACGACAAGGCAACCGUCCGCACAUACUACUCAGAACUCCCUGAGCUGUAUCAUACGGCCCAGCAUAUAUACUUCAUGGCUGACCUCUGCGAUUACUUCGCUAAUCAGAUGAUGCUUGGCUGGUUGUCCGGAACAAACUGCGCACGUAUAUAUAAUGAGUCUGGAGGCGAUGCCAAGGUUCAGAAGAGGCUUCCCACAUCGUCACAAGAUUGGUCUUUAUCUUUCCGUCUGGAUGCGGAACGUGUUUGGGAGGCUGUCCUACUUGCAGCUGUGCGCGAGGAUCAUUUCCGGCGUGGUACCAUUCUUGAGUUGGUCCAUAACGCCCCUAGUCAUGCAGACCGAUUGCGACCGGCGCUCCGUGCCUGGAACCUCUUGAUGGCCGGGAUAGGAUACGAUGAAUGGAACCAUGCAUGCAACCUAUGCUGCUGGUGCUAUACAGAUGAAGACGGUACUCAGCGCAUGGUGCGAUCAAUUGUAACAGACGGUAUUGCCAUCGGCCACCCAUGUUGUGCUGUCUUCAACUGUAAGGAGCCCUUGCUGCUGAAGAAGGGUGCUCGGUUCUGUCAGAUGCAUGCCGCACUGGGAUUUGAUCGGCAUUGUGUAGUCAUGGGAUGUCGCUCAGAUUCUCCAGAGGGGCAUAAAACAUGCAAUAAUCCAGAACAUCGAGCUAUAGAGGAAUACAAGAAUACCGAGGGAAAGGCAAUGUUUCAGCUCAAGAACCGGCUCGACCAAGGUGCUGGCGCUGGAGACGAAGAUGUGGUUGAAGCUGCCAAUGGACGGUUUUCUAUCACAAGAUUCGAUCCCACUGCUGAUACAGAGGAUUCUCAAACACCUAGCUGUGAUGGGAAGCCAGAAACAGGGAACCGCACUCUCCGUGCACAUUUUGGUCGUCGCCGUACCCAUAAUGAGGAAACCUGUGUUGCCUCGUGUGGAGUACUUAUAGCUCGUGCAACUUUCUAUCCAUCAGAAGGCCCUAAUACAGUCCGGGACUUCUGGAUGCAAGCUUUCCCUACGAAAGCAUCCCUUCCUCGAGUUCUCUGGCACGACAACAACUGCAAGUUGGUUGCGAUGCUUCGCAAUGACUCUGAGGAGCUCCAGUCAUACUUUGAAGAUGUUCUCCUUCCUGUGGACGUGUUCCAUUUCAAGUGCAAACACAAAGAGAGCGAUGUGUUCUGCGGAACUCACUGUAACCCAUACUCAUUCCCCGAACUUCGUACGCCAGAAGGCACAUGGCGCUUCAAUUCAUUGGCGGCAGAGCAAUCCAACGCAUGGCUCGGUGGCUUUCAAGCUAUGGUAAGGGAGAUGGAGAUGGAAAGAUACAACUUCUUCCUCGAUGAAAUGAUACAGCGUCGCAACAGAUAUACAAUUGCAGAGCUUGAAAGGAAGGGUGUUCAUCCUCGUAGUCUUCCUCGAGAAGUAUUAUUGUCAGGCGAGUAG